CCCGACCGCAUUUUUAUCAGACAACGAAUGCGUGGUGAACAUUCUCCUCUCAGCCCCUCGAGCUGAAAACCUCCGAUCAGUUCCCCAUCACUAAUCGAGGUUCUAUUGCGACUACACUACAGAACUUUGCAAGACCUCGCAGCGUCUUAUGAUACCUCCGUGCAAGGCUGGGUGUCUCGCGACAUUGCUUGGAAGCUUCAAAAGAGACAGACAUGCAGAGGCGAGACACGAGACAGACGACCAAAAAGUCGGAAAGAAUGACGGGAAAACCCCUACAAAUGGCUCUUCCGGCAGCAGCGACGCCCCUACAAACGUUACUCAAAACACAGAGGUUCGACAGAAUGAUGAAAUAGCUGCUAUCAGUGACACUAGUGCACAUCACGAACAACAAACCAUCAACCAAGCAGCUUCUAUCCACAAAGCUCUCUGGGAUAAGGCCUAUAGCAACCUCAAGAGUGACUCGGAAAAGGCAGAAUACGUCUCAAGGUACGAGGAACUGCUUGCGAAGGUAUUUUUGAACCAAUCCACGGCCGAGAAAGCAACGAACGAGUCCUCUCAACACCUUGGAGAAGAACAAAUGAAAAAGGUGGUCGAAGAAGGCCUUGCGAGAAUUGAGAAAUACAAGAAAGCUAUUGAGUAUUCAGAGAGCACUGUCAAUGUGAUUAAGCAGCUCAAAGCCAUUCUUGACAUUCCUCUGAAGAAUGUCUCUCAGACUGCACUGCCGUGGGCCGUCAUCUCAUCAAGCGUUGAUAUACUGCUCAAGCCAGUCAGUGUUGGAGCAGCUCUCUACAACGGCGUAGCAUAUGCGGUUUCCAGAAUUGAAUGGUACUCAAAGUUGACUAACAAACUCCUAUGCGAGGAUAGCUUAAAAGAUGUAAAGUCGCUACACGGAAUACGAGAGGACAUAGCCGGGCGAAUCACGUCGUUAUACGAGUCACUGUUGUUCUACCAGAUCAAGAGCGUCUGUUUCUAUUACAAAAGGUAUCAGCUCUUAGUGUGGGCCCGCGGAUUGCUGGAGCUAGAUGAUUGGAGUGGCGAUCUAAAACACAUCCAGCAGGCAGAAGAUGCUCUUGCCAGAGAUUGCGCGCUGUACGACAUGGAACAAUUGAAAGACCAAAUGAGAGCGAUAAUCAUGGACACCAAGACAGCGGAAGACUCACAGGAAUUCGAGAAGCGUCUACAGGCUAUACGUCGCGUCGAUCCGCAGGCUACCGUAAAAACCAUCCAAAGUUUGAAAGAGAGUGUCAUGGCCGAUCUAUAUACUUGGGUCUUUGAUACCAAGCAAUUCAAGAGGUUUAUGUGCUGGGAGGAGGACGCGCCUAGGCGGCUGUGGAUUAGCGGACACGCUGGGACUGGAAAGACAAUGCUUUCAAUAGGCACUAUCAGAGAAUUGCAGACACGGCACCCCGAGGAGCCUAAUCCCCCCACAAUUUUGUACUUUUUCUGUCAAAACGGAGACGUGAAUGUGAACAACGGGGUCGCAGUUCUUCAAAGCCUGGUGUGGAUGCUUCUACAACAACAGCCCCACCUAAACUCACAUCUUGAUGAGCAAUUCUCUCAUUCAGGAGAGAAAUUUAUCAGUGAUUCCUAUUCUCUCGCUACGUGGUGCGAUAUUCUAACAAAUAUGCUGAGAGAUUCAACUCGUGUCAUCAUUGCCAUCGACGCUCUUGAUGAAUGUGAGGCAGGGUCGCGCAGGCAGCUAUUGCGCUUUAUGAACGGUAUCAUUACCAAGGAAAGAAUGUUCCACGUCAAAUGGUUCAUUACCAGUCGGCCUCUACCGGAGAUUCCAGACAGUCGACCUGAGACAACACUACAAUACCACAGCCUUCUUACGCUGAAUGACCAAAACCUCAUUCCCUGGAUAAACGUUUAUAUCGAUCGAAAGGUUCAGGUGGUGCUUCGAGGCAGAGCCGAGAACCAAGAGCGUGUUGAUAGGAUAAGAGAUCAGUUAUAUGAACGAGCCAGCAACACGUACAUCUGGGUCUCUUUAAUUUUUGGAGAGCUAGAGGAUGCGCCCGAAGCCCAAUGGCAGAAAAUAAUCGAGCAUACCCCGAGAAGAUUGAAUGAAUUAUAUGGUUCUCUGCUCAGACAACUGCCCUGGCCAGAAUGCCAAACCGUCCUAACUGUUGCAAUGGUGGCACGCCGGCCCUUGUCCUUGUGGGAGAUCGAGCAACUUGCGGGACUGGAGACAGGUGUCAAUGCAGGAAGGGAUUACGUCACAGGGUGUAAAUCGUUCCUGAGUCUCCGUGGCGAGAUGGUGUAUUUCAUCCACCAGUCUGCUCAAGACUGGCUACUUUUGAACCAGCACCAGCUUCGUGACGGGUUUCCGCAAGACCAUGGCGUGCUUGAGAAGCGCAUUCAUCGCGAAAUCCUUGAAAACUCAAUAGAAGGAAUGAGGAAGACGUUGAGCGAGAACAUAUAUCAGCUUCCUUACUAUGGCAUUGCUUUAGAAGAAAUUGAAACUCCCUCACAAGAUCCACUUGCACCGAUUCGCUACGCUUGUCAAUACUGGGCCUACCAUCUCAAGGAAGGUGAGCUUAAGACAGAUAUUGACCUGCUUGGCUUUUUACGUCAGCGCUUUCUUCACUGGCUGGAGGCGUUGGCCUUGAUGGGAAUCAUGCCCGAAACAGUGGGAAUUAUUGACAUGUUAAGUUCCACGCCCGCAAUGACAUCAAACCCUGAAGUACGCGAAUUUUUGCUGGAUGCAAAGCGAUUUGUCUGGAGGCACCAACAAUUGAUUAUGACCGCACCACUCCAAGUCUACGUGUCUGCGCUUAUAUUUACACCAAAGGUCAGCUUAGUGCGAGAGACAGGAAGUAUCCCGAAAUGGAUUGAUCAAGUAUCAAGCUUGGAAGAGGAUUGGGGAUCUCUAUUACAAACCUUCACAAUUUUCAAACGUACAUAUAAAAUGUGUUCUGUCUCCUGGUCACCUGACGAUAAAUUUAUUGCAGGUUUCUCAACUAAAGAGUUGAGGAUAUGGGAUGCAAGAACAGGAAGAAUGGUCAGGAAAAUUGACGUCGAGGAGGAUUCCAGGUUGAAGCAUGAUGUCAUGGUGAAGAAGGAUGUGCCUCGUGUUACCUUCACCCCAGACGGUCAGUUGUUGCUCUUACUAACACUGUAUAAAGUGUAUAUGUGGGAUACAGCUGCAUGGGAAAUCUCGCAUAUAGUGGAAUGCCCAAGUGCUACGAAGAGAUUUGCGGUAUCUCCCAAUAGCCGAUUACUCGCGUGCUUCCAAAAGGACGAAAGAAUAAAUCUAUGGCAGAGAAACGGCAUCUUAUGGACUCUGAAGUGGACAUACCAGAGCCCAUACGCAGGUCCGGACCGUGAGCUACCAGAGGGUCUGUCCUUCUCAUUUGAUAACCGCUUACUCGCUUCUACUAUAGAUUUGAACAGCAUAGGGCUUUUGGACACUGAACUCGGCGAAUUACAGGAUAAAAUCGUGCAUGAGGGGGUGACUGCAAUCAAGUUUUCUAGGGACGGCAAACUUCUGCUACAGGCAGUCAAGACUGUCGAGAUAUGGCGGCAAAGAGACAAGUGGGAACUGGACCGCAAAAUUGAUUUACCACAGUCGUUCAAGAUUCUUGCAGUAUCUCCCGAUGGUAGGCUUAUUGCAAUAGCAGGAGCUCAUUGGAAUACAAUCAAAGUGGUAGAGACAGGAAAGGGUGCGCUGGUGCAAACCCUGGGGGGUCACACAUUCAGGGUUGACGAUUUAGCCUUCUCUUCAGACAGCCGAUUUCUUGUGUCCGGUGGUGCCGAACGUGAUAUCAGAAAAACGAUCAAAGUAUGGAAAAUUGUACCUGGAAAGCUCCACGAAGCCCCAUUAGAACGACGUGGAAGGAUUGCAGGGGUGGCACUUUCUGCGGAUGGCUCCCGGUUCGUGACAGCAAAAUCUGGGGGUGUGAUCGAAACAUGGAAUGGAGAUACAGGAGAGCAUCAAAGAACAUUCGAAGCACCUAGUUAUGAUACUUUUAAUUGCGACGUGACUGUUUCACCAGACAACAAGCUGGUGGCAUGGCUAUCUUACGACGGGCUCAUCAUGGUGUGGAACGCAGAGACGGGACAGAUUAUUGCGAAGCAAAAGAAAAGACUACUAUCUCGGAACCUUUAUACGGCAGUUCAGUCUCAGUUCUUUUCCAACAGUAGACUGCUGGGCUGGAUAGACAGCACGAGAACUGUCCGGGUAUGGAGCAUACGAUCAUGCAGCCUUUUGAAAUCGUAUCGAUGGAGGGGAGCUCCCAAGUAUUGUACUUUUCUUCGAGAGGGACGAGAAAGAUUGUCACUCAUUCUACAAUCUCUGCAGAAUGAGACCACCAUGAGUGAGGAGGUUGAAUGCAGUCCAGAAGAUUGUCCCUCUUACAAUUAUGUCGCGCAUACUCCAAGAAUAAUCAUCAGAAAAGACUGGGUGGUCUUAGGGGAGCAGAGAAGCAUCUGGUUGCCCCCGGAAUACCGGCCUUGGCUCCCAGGUAGAAGCUGGGAUGCUCAAAGCAAUGUACUAGUUGUUGGACUUGAAUCUGGCAGUUGUUAUUCCAUCCGGUUCAAUCCUCAUGAGAUGUCAGCUGGGCAAUUGCAACAUGACGAUGCUGAGAAAUAUUCUGAUGCUGGUUAUCCAAAUGACUCGGACCUUUACUCUAUCAAUGAUGGAUAUGAAAGCGAUGGUCUUAUUUCUGACGCGGAAAGCGCAGUUGAUGGGCAAAGGUGAAGCUCAACUUGUUCUUCGCAUAUCCUGCUCAAAUCCAGUCGGAAUGAUCGCUACUGGGUCGAAAUCUAGGUUUGAUGUGCGUGUACGCCUAUCAUUCUUCAAUUCUUUUGGAGCCUGAUAAUUUCUCAAUUUACAUAGAUAGAGAAUAGGAUUGUUUGGCCACGCCUAUAUUCCUUGCAAUCAGUGGUC